UUGGAGCUAUUAUCGGCUGUCAACCAUGGCGGGCCAGCAGCCUCGUCAUCAACAUCAAGUUCUAUCGCCUUUCAUCGGACGAUUGAUUGAUCUCGUUGAAGCUAAGCUAUCGUUCAACUAGAAUACUAAAAAUUUACCAUUUUCUAUUUCCGCCUUUGAUUGCCACCGCCUUCGCCUUGCCAAACCCCAUGGUCUUUAUUAAAGCAACGGAGUUCGCUGUUUCAGUCACCAAAAAGUAAUAUUAACAACAGUCUAAUCUCAUCAAUAAUAAAUCGCGAAACCAAAGCAGAUUGUUUGUUUGAGUGAUUUCUUCCAGAAAGAAAAGGCCGGUCUUUUUUAUAUUUUUUCUGAAGAAAGAAGCACAUGCGGAUGUGGAAGUGGAUGUGGGUGUGGGGGUGGGUCUCAUUCCGUUUGUUGUCCUCUUCCUCUUCUUCUUGAAAUUUCCAGGAAACUGCUCACUCAGCCGUCUGGACAAAGAUUCUGUAUGUGGGUGGGUUUCAUCAUCCAAACGGCUGUUUCUUAAGCUCUAAAUCGGGGGGGAGAUUUGGCAACUUUCUCCACAAACUCUGACCUUUUAGGUAUUCGUGUUCUUCUCUCUAUCCGUCCCUCUCAUGUUUCUUUCCCACCAUGUCAUCGGCUAACUUUGGAGUGACCGUGAAUUCGUGCCUUGAUUUGUUGAUCAAGCAGAGGUACUGAUAACCGUUCAUUUCUGUUUUUCUUCUCAACCCAUAUGUGAGAACUGCCUAGGAUUUUGGUAGGCAGAACCCAAAUUUUUUGUCGUCUCCAAAUUAGGUGAUUUUUUAUUUGGGCGAGGACAGUUCCGUCAACUGUUUGCGAAUCGGGCUGGUUCUGCUGAGAUAAUCGCUGAAAUACGUGUAUCUAAUCACUGCUAAACAAAGCCCUUCUUCAACCUCGAAUUUUCCUUAUUCCGAAUCAAGGGAAGCUUGAUUUCUUUGGGAUCUCAUCUUUUGUGAGAAUGGAGAAGCAGCAAAGCUUCAGAGGGUCUAUGGAAAAACAGCAAAGUUUCAAAGGGUCGAUGGAAAAACAGCAAAGUUUCAAAGGGUCCAUGGAAAAACAGCAGAGUUUCCGGGGUGUAAUGGAGAAGCAGAAGAGCUUCCGGGGGAUACUGGAGAAGCCGAGGAGCUUCCGAAUAGCCAUGGAGAGGCAGCUUAGCUUUGGAGGGGAGAGGAGGAAGAUCAAGGACUCGCCGGGAAAACGGGGCGAUUCUCCCUUGCAUUUGGCUGCAAGACCUGGGAAUUUGAGUAAGGUGAGGGAUAUAAUUCAGAGAUUCGAUGCUAGUGGGGUAAAGGAAUUGCUAUCAAAGCAGAACCAGGAUGGAGAGACUGCUUUGUAUGUGGCUGCUGAGAAUGGACACGCUCAUGUAGUUGUCGAAAUCUUGAAACACUCGGACCUCCAAACUGCGUCCAUUCAGGCGAAGAAUGGCCUCGAGCCGCUUCAUAUUGCAGCUAAGAAUGGUCAUCUUGAGAUACUAAAGGAACUUUUGCAUUCUUUCCCUAACCUGGUCAUGACAACUGAUUCAACCAAUUCCACGGCCUUGCACACUGCUGCAGCUCAAGGACAUGUUGAUGUGGUCAAUCUGCUUCUGGAAACUGAUUCAAACCUUGCCAAGAUAGCUCGAAACAAUGGCAAGACUGUGCUCCAUACUGCAGCAAGGAUGGGUUACUUGGAAGUGGUUAAAUCUCUAGUAAGAACAGAUUCAAGCAUUGGCUUUAGAACUGACAAGAAACGCCAAACUGCAUUGCACAUGGCUGUGAAAGGGCAGAGUGUGGAGAUUGUGCUUGAACUAUGUAAAUCUGACCCCUCAAUUAUGAGCUUGGAAGAUUCCAAGGGAAAUACAGCGCUGCAUAUUGCAACAAGGAAGGGCAAAGCUGAGAUUGUUCGCUGCCUGCUAUCACUUGAGGGGGUUAACAUUAAUGCGAGAAACAAGGCUGGAGAGACCCCCCUUGACAUUGCAGAGUCAGAGGAGUUUGGAACUCCAGAGCUUGUUGCGAUUUUAAGAGAAUCUGGGGCUUCCAAUUCUAAAGAUCUUGGAAAACCCCCAAACCCGGCAAAGCAACUUAAGCAGACUGUGAGUGACAUAAAACAUGAUGUGCAGUCCCAACUCCAGCAGACCCGUCAAACAGGCUUCAAGGUCCAGAAGAUUGCAAAGAGGCUAAAGAAGCUCCACAUCAGCGGCCUCAACAAUGCCAUAAAUUCAGCUACUGUUGUUGCAGUCCUCAUUGCUACCGUUGCUUUUGCAGCCAUCUUUACCAUACCUGGCCAGUAUGUUGAGGAUGAAACAGAUGGGUCUUCACUGGGGCAAGCGAACAUAGCCAAAAAAGCAGCUUUUAUAAUAUUCUUUAUAUCUGACAGUGCAGCUCUAUUCAUCUCUCUUGCUGUUGUUCUAGUCCAGACAUCUGUGGUUGUGAUAGAACAGAAAGCAAAGAGACAACUGGUGUUUGUGAUUAACAAGCUCAUGUGGUUGGCUUGCCUCUCCAUUUCAAUUGCCUUUAUUUCUCUCAGCUAUGUGGUGGUGGGAUCAAAAGAACGGUGGCUAGCUGUGUCUACCACACUAAUUGGUGGCAUAAUCAUGCUCACUACAAUUGGCGCAAUGUGCUACUGUGUAAUUCGGCAGAGGAUGGACGAGAGGAACAUAAGGAGAACCGGAACUCUGUCCCGAUCAUUCUCCAUGUCUAUGGCAUCCGAGGCUGAGAUACUGAAUGAAAAGUACAAGAGAAUAAUGUAUGCUGUUUGAGAGCCAAUGACAUGUUGGAGUAGAUAAGGGCAAAGAAGAUUCAAUGGCCUUGCGUUGACAUAAACUAGUUGCUAUAUUCAGCUGCAUAUCAGAUGUGAGGAUAUUGGACGUUACCUGGGCGCUUUGAAAUCCCUUUUCACCAAGCUUGUGUGGAAAUGAGAUCAAGAUUCAGUCCAUACAGAUUGAACAGGAUGAGCAGAGAAGGAAGGGGGCGCCUGUGGUUGAUGAUUGAUGCUUCAAAGCUGCUUGUAAGUCUACAUAUAUAUAGCCAAUGACUUGGGCACAUAUUAUAAUGAUGGAUUAUGUUUCACCAUGUGGUUAACGAACACCUUCUAGCAUGAUACUACUUCUCUUUGUCCUC